CGCAGCGCGGAGGAGGAGCAGGCGGAGGAGCGGGGCGGCCCCCGCCGCACGCAGGCAGAACCUCACUAAUUCACACCAAUGACUGGGAGACUCCCAUAUUCAGCUACUUGCAAUGGAAUUGUUGUGUAAAAACAAAUUUUAAGAAAGCAAAAAUAUGCAUAUCAAGCCAUUUUUGGUAAACAAUGAAGGUUCUGUUACUAAAGGACCCCAAAGACAGAGGCUCAGGACCAGAUCCAUAUAUUCAAGAAUUAGGAUUAUAUGGAUUUGAAGCAGCUUUGAUCCCUGUUUUGUCAUUUGAAUUUGUGUCUCUUCAAACUUUCUUUGAAAAGCUCUCUCAUCCAGAUCGUUAUGAGGGUUUAAUUUUUACCAGUCCAAGAGCAGUAGAAGCUGCCAAGUUAUGUUUGGGAGAGAAUAGUAAAAAUGAAGCCUGGAGAAAUUCUCUUAAAGAAAAAUGGAAUACCAAAUCAGCAUAUGUCGUAGGAAAAGCUACAGCUUCUCUAGUGGAGGAAAUUGGCCUUGCUCCACAAGGAGAAAAGUGUGGAAAUGCUGAAAAACUAGCUGGAUACAUUUGCGCAAGGGAAACACCUAAUUCAUCACCUCUUCUUUUUCCUUGUGGAUCUCUCAAAAGAGAAGUUCUUCCAACAAUACUCAAAGAAAAAGGUAUUUCCCUGGAAAGCCUUACAGUUUAUCAAACUGCUCAACAUCCCAGUCUCCAAGAAUCCUUGAAGAAUUAUUUCUCACAACAGGGUAUUCCAGCAAGCAUCACAUUCUUCAGUCCGUCUGGUGUCAGAUUUUGUCUCCAGCACAUUCAGAAGUUUUCUGGCGAUCUUAUUAAUCAAAUUAAGUUUGCUGCUAUAGGUCCAACAACAGCUGAAGCAAUGGAAGCUGAAGGAAUCCCAGUGAGCUGCACUGCAGAGAACCCUACUCCCCAAGACCUUGCUGCUGGUAUCAAAAAAGCCCUUCACCUGUAGAAUUGCUGUUUACCUGAGUAGAAGCACCACAUAUGUUGCUGUAAUAGUCCUCCAGAAAUUUAAGACAAUUCAUCAGUGUUUAACAGGGAUAUUAACAUUCAUUUGGAUUGUUUUUUAAAAAGCCAUGCUCUCUGCCUUAUCAUUCAAUCCUUCCUUGACCAUCCAUCUUCUAACAGCACUGUGUGGUGGGAGUGGAAAAGCUAGAUUGAUCAGUCACGAUCAAAUAUAUGGCUAAUUUUGAUGACCCACUGUAAUAAUAGUCGUUAAGAGAAGACUUUCUGACCUUAUGUUAGCCAGCAGAAGUCCAAAACAUAAAAAGUCAGUAACUAAUACCACCCAGCAUGUUAAAGAAAUCAGAUUAUUAAACAAAUAUUUGGGUAGUGUUAUAUCUGCUAUUUUUCAUAUUCCAGAUAUACUUUACGUUAGGGCAUAAAACCUUUAAAAAAUAUCGUUCAGAGUGACUUGGAAUAAGUGAAAUUGUUUGAGUCAGUCAGUGGUCAUGUUUAUAGAGGACACUUUUGUAUUCUAUAGUGCCCCUUUCUUGAAUACUCAAGAACUGCUGCAACUAAAACUUCCUGGGUCAAAUUCCACCCUCAUACAUGCGCACUCAUUGGAAAUAAUGAGAGCUGCACUUCAGUAUCUGAAAGCAGAAUUUGGCCACAUAUGUAGCAUGAAACAAGUUAGUUUUUUUCCUUUUAAUUUCAACCCAUGGCUGGAGUAUGGAUAAUUUGGUAUGGUAGUUCCUUAAGUCAGUUGGUUACAAAUUGUGAAAGGCUACUGAUGGACUUACGUGCGCGCGCACACACACACACACACACAGUGGGUAGCUGAUAGCAUAUAAAACAGGGUUUUAUUCUUUGGCUUCAAUGUCAUAUUGUUUGUGAGCACAUUUUGGGGUUUAAAACAGA